AUGAAAGGAAAACUAGUUUAAUCCUUAAUUAACCUAUUUCCAAAUCAACAAUAAGAAACAUUGAUCAAGUGUGUGUUUAUUAUAGGAUUUGAUAAGCUUAUUAAAAAGGGUUUACUUAUAAAUGGCAAACUUAAAAUAUAAGAAAUAAUUGAUUAUUCAAGUAAAUUUACUUUUCAUGUAGGUAAAUUGUAAACAAAUGGAAGAUUAGACUUUGCUUAAUAAAAUUGUGAUGUGAGACAAGAACUUGAUCAUUUAAAAGAUGAAAUAAGCAAGUUGACAUAGUAAAUAUAAUAUAAUAAUUCGAUAAUGUAAAAAUUUUGUCAUGUAUUUUAGUUAAAAACAAACAUAAAGAAGUCAUGAUAAACUAUCAUUUUAGAAUAUUUCUACAUAAUAUGAUGACAGAAAAAGAUCAGCCUCAGUUGGAUAUAAAUAAUAAUAACAAUAAUUGAUUUAAAAGAAAACUAAAGAAAUAACUCCUAAAAUUACAGAAACUAUUCCGUAAACCAUCAACCAAAUCAAUAUUACCAUUUCAAAGCAUCAUUUAGACGAUACAGAAAUAAAAUCUAUAAUGAGAGAUAAUUUGAUUAAAGAAAAACCUCCAAAGCCUAAUAAAGUGAAUUAGGAUUAACUAUUCAAAAAAAAUAAUUAGAUUGAAUAUUAACGUAUAGAUACUGAAGAACAUCCCAUGUAUGAAGAUACUGAUAGGGUACCUGUUAGAGAACAUUAUAUACCUUAGAUUCUAUAAUAUUCAAAUCUCUAAAAUAGUUAGUUAUCAUAGUAUUAAUACUAAUUGCAAUAAUAAUAAUAGCUGUAAUAACAAUAAUAACAAUAAUAACAAUAAUAACAAUAAUAAUAAUAAUAAUAAUCAUAAUAAUAAUAAUAAUAAUAAUAAUAAUAAUAAUAAUAAUAAUAAUAAUAAUAAUAAUAGUAAUAAUAAUCUAACAUCUUCUAAUAAUAAACAUUUAAUUAAUUACAACAAUAACCGUAGUUUUAAUAAUUAUAAUAAUCCUAAGUAUCAUCAUAAUCAAAUGCAAAAUUAAGUGAUCAUUAAUCUCAUAAUACUAAUUAAACAUUUGCUUAACCUUAAUCGAGUUAAAAGCAUUUAGUUCCACCUUAAAAAUCUCCAAAUAGUUAAUCGAGAUCUCCAACUAAAUCUCCAAAAUUUAAAUACCAACAAAAGCAAAGCUCAAAAAAUAAUUUAGAAACUGUAUAAGAAGAGAGCUUUACUUUAGUAAAACAUUAAAGUAGUCAUUCAGCUUCAUCAAAGGGGAGGGGAUCCUACUAAUAACAAAAAGCUCAAUAAAAUAAUUAAGCUGUUUCUAAAAUUAAGGCUUUAUUAGAUUAAGAUAAGAAAAUAUACAAAUAACAUUUGAUAGAUGUUGCAAGUGAACGAAGAUCAUUUAUUAAUUCUUCUGAUAAGAUGAAGAAAAAUUAAGAAGAAAUAUAAUCUGAGUAAAGCCAAACAAAACAUUAAGAAAUUGGUGAUUCAGUAAAUAAAAGACCAUUUUCUAACAAUAGUUUUUAUAAAUAAUAAUAGCAUCAGUAAAUCUCACCGUAAUUAGAUUCGGAAUCUAAAUGUUAAGGACUAAAUCCCUUAAAUUAGUUUUAAGGCUCUGUUUCAAUGACUAAUUCAAAUCGAGUUAGCAAUUUCUUAGUUAACCCUCAUUUAUAGGAUAACAUACCAAUUAAUAGCAAAUAUAAGUAGCAUAUAUUGAAUCAAUACUCUCCUAAAUUAAAAUAUUAAGUAAGACCAUAGAGUGUUGGUAAAUAAUAGGAGAGUGACUUCAAAAGAUCAAAUGAUUUCAAUAGAAGUUCAGUUAGCAGUACAUUUUCAAUGUUUAAUCCUAAUGAAGAAUUGAAGACAUUUUUUUAGAAUGAUUUUUUAGAGAGAAAACGAUAUAUCCCUUAAGGAUACAGUGAUAUGACAAAAUAAGUAAUUUAAUUAAAUAAUAAACAUUAGUCAUCCCUAAAUUCCUCAUAAGAUCAUAAUUAACAUUAAAGUAAGUACAUUAGUUAAAGUCAAAUAGAAGAGCAGUAGAAUUAUAGUAAGAAUUUAUACAGUCCUUAACAAUAUUAAAAUAUUGAUAAAUCUAAUGUUUUCAAUAAUAAUAGGCUUAGUGUUACUAGAAUACUAAAUAAUUCAUAAAUAUGA